CCUUGGGUCCUCAAGCUUGGCACAGGCACCUUUACCUUGUGAGCUUUGUUUUAUUCCUUUGUACCAUUUUUAACUGAAUUUUAUUUUUACUUUUUGUUGUAUUACUUUAUUCUGAGGUAGAGUCUCCUCAGUGUCCAGGCUAGUGUCAAAUGUGUGGCCAUCGUCCCGCCUCACCCUCCCACACAUAUCCCUUCAGACCCUGUGUGCACACGUGGGAGACCAGACAUUAAAGGCAGUGUCUCCUUUGAUCACUCCCAUAACUGAAAAUUUUACAUCUAUGUGUGUUUUACUUGUUUUCAUGGCUGUGCACCACAUAUGUGUCUGGUGCCUGCAGAGGCCAGAAGGGCCAUUGGAUCCCCAGGAGCUGGAGUUACAGGUGGUUGUGGCCCACCAUUGGAUGCUGGGAACCAAACCCAGUUCCUCCGGAAAGGCACCCAGUGCUUUGACCAUUGAUCAACCUCCAGCCUCCGCUUACAUAGCAGGAGAACAACCCUACGUUUUGACCACCACAUCCACUGAGCCAGCCGUCACCUUGCCCCUGCUCUGCUCCCAGCCUCAAGCUGCCGAGCAGAGCCAUGCGUGUCUGGCCCUGCGACUGGGGCCGGUAGCCCCCACAGGCUGUGGUGUGUGACUCCGUUGGUUCUUUGGCCCUGUCGAGACCGGUGUGACACAGGCGGCCACCAUGACGCAGCUCCUGGUGGCCAAGGCCCUCUGCAUGGUGGGCGUGUUCUUCUUCAUGCUGCUGGGCUCUCUGCUGCCUGUGAAGGUCAUCGAGGCCGACUCUGAGAAGGCCCACCGCUCCAAGAAGGUCCUCUCCCUCUGUAACACCUUUGGGGGUGGCGUCUUCCUGGCUACAUGCUUUAAUGCACUGCUACCUGCAGUGAGGGAUAAGCUGCGGCAGGUGCUGAGCCUGGGACACAUCAGCACUGACUACCCGCUGGCAGAGACACUCAUGAUGGUGGGUUUCUUCCUCACGGUGUUCGUGGAGCAGCUGGUGCUGACCUUCCGCCGGGAGCGGCCUCCCUUUAUAGACCUGGAGACCUUCAACGCUGGCUCAGACGCGGGCAGCGACUCAGAGUACGAGAGCCCGUUCGUGGGUGUGGGCGGCCGUAGUCACGGUCUGUACCCUGAGCCCACGGCGCACACCCAUGGCGCAGGGCUGCGGCUGCGGGAGCUGGGCCGCCCUGGGCCUCUGCGGCUGCUCAGCCUGGUCUUCGCGCUGUCCGCACACUCAGUGUUUGAGGGCCUGGCGCUGGGGCUGCAGGAGGAGGGUGAGCGUGUGGUCAGCCUGUUUGUUGGCGUGGCGGUCCACGAGACGCUGGUGGCCGUGGCCCUGGGCAUCAGCAUGGCCCGCAGCGCGGUACCUCUGAGGGAUGCCGCCAAGUUGGCUGUAACCGUGAGUGCCAUGAUCCCGGUGGGCAUUGGGCUGGGCCUGGGCAUUGAGAGUGCCCGCAGUGUGGCCAGCAGCGUGGCAUCGGCGCUGCUGCAGGGCCUGGCCGGUGGCACCUUCCUGUUUGUCACCUUCCUGGAGAUCCUGGCCAAGGAGCUGGAGGACAGGAGUGAGCAGCUGCUGAAGCUGCUGUUCCUGGUGCUGGGCUACGCCGUGCUGGCCGGCAUGGUCUUCCUCAAGUGGUGAGCCUCAAAUCCCGGAGAGACACAGAGCACAACCCUCGGCAGCCACACUCAAGGGCCACGGUUCACACACAUGAGCCUCCUGGGCUGGUCACCGUUCUCUGCCCUCUACCAGAACCUGGCCCUGCAGACACUGCUUUAAAAAUGUCUUAAAGCUCUUUACCAAUGCC